AUGGACCAAAUCCCCCCCGCGGGCCCCGCAGGGGGGUACCUGUUAGGUACCCUCAGAGCUACGUCUGAGGGGGAGCUAGCUGCGCUACCACCUCCCACCUCGGUGGAGCGCCCCCCGGCCCAGGAGCGCACCUACGCUAGAGUAGUGUCCCCGGCUCCGGCCAACCCUCCCCAGCCCGUCGACGCGUCAUUGACCGUCGGCGGAGACAUAGCGAGUAACCCCUCCCCGGGAGAAAGCCCAGCCCGUGUACACACGGAGAAUCCCCAACCGCCCCUGUCUGUACUGGUCAGGGGCGAGACUGAUCGCCAGCGCAUGCGCACCACGAUCGAGGACGUCGAGGACAAGGAGGGACCCUGGACUAUAGCCACCAGACGGACGGCUCGCACCCACCGGGAGUCCGUUAGCAGCAUAGCCACCAGUGUUUCAAUUAGAAUCAGCGAGAGGCGCAACGAGACGUACAACAGUCUGGAGGAGCUCACCUCCAUAGUGGAUGAGGCGGCCGAAUCUAUGUCGCCCGAAGUGCUGCGCCUGAUCUCGGAUCGCUACGCCAGCUUGGCUAACGCCGCUGAGCAAAAGACACCCGUCUUCAAACGGGAGUCUGACAAUGACACGACUUCUGAGUCGGACGCCAGAUCGGACGCGAUCGGCGAAAUGUCGUCAAGGAUGGUCGAGCCCGGAAAGGAGGCCGACCAUGUGUUAGAAAACGGAAAUGAUUACAUUCACCCGUUGGAAACAGCCGAGUGGUCAGAGGACAACGGGGGAUCUUCUCCGCCGAUUGCCGGUCCAUCGCAGGAAAAGGGCAAAGGACCCGACCCAGGCAACUGGGGAGAACUUGGUUUAUCCGACGCCGAGCUGGAGGGGCAGAAAGUAGCCUUCCAGGCCUUUGAGUCGGCCCAGCGAGAACAGAAUCGCUGGAAACCCAACCCGAGGGACACCAGUGCGGCAGAUAAGGCGGCACUUCGGUCAACCGAAAGACCGCCCUCGUCCGAGUCGCCGCUCGCCGAGAGGCUCGAGAUAAUCGAGGCGCCGCAGGGUGAGGAGCUGGUGAAUCAAGGCGUGUUCCUGAGGGAGUUCUCCCGAAUGCGGGAGCGCAUCGCCGAGCUUGAGGCCCGAGAACGGAGAAGAAGAGUCUCAAAGCACCCCGAAGCUCGCCAUCAGAAGACGCGCGAGAGCGAGCCUCACACGUCUCGCCAUAAGGGGAAGCGCCCGCAGGAAACACCGACCACCGAGAGAAGACGCUCACGUUCGGGGAGAGAGACCGCCGGCUUUGUUACUAGUGUCCUAAGGGGGGUCAGCCUCCAACCUUCCGAUGACAGUAGCUCCGGCUCGGGGUCCUCGACGAGCAGCUCUGGUUCAGAUGACGAGGACUCGGACGGACCGCCAAGCGACUCCUCGAGUGAAUCGGAUUCGGAUCCCAGCGACGCAAGCUCAAGUGCAGACGGCUCGAGCUCAGACUCCGGGUCUUCGACUGGGAAGAACAAGGCCAAGAGAAAGAAACGAAAGACAAGGAGGUCUGAAGAUCGACCAAAGGGUAGGAUGUUGGUAAAACCUAACCCCCCCGCGCGCUACGACGGAUCUGAGAAUGCAGACCUUUACACCCAAUUCGUUGACGAGUCCAAUAGGUAUUGCGAGCUCGGAAACGUGCCCAGAGCUCAUCGUGUUGCGAUCAUUGGGUCCUUCCUGGACGGCGACGCCAAGGAUUUCUACAAUAGGCGAAUUCGCGGCCAUGAGUCCGACUGGACGCUGAAGAAGAUGCUGCGUCGGCUUCUGAAAUACUGCUUCUCGCUGGAUUACCGCCAGAAGCAGCGUAAGCGGCUGGCGCGCUGCCAUCAGAACGGCAAAUCAGUCAAUAAGCACGUAUUGGAAAUGGAGAGCAUACUCUUACAGAUCGGACUGAGAAAGGACCGGGAGCGGGUCGCUCUGCUCUGGAAUAGCUUGGAUGCGGACAUCCAAGAAGAGCUGUUCAGGUUCGGCCUUGACCCCGAGAAAUCAAAGUGGUCCCGUGUGGUGAAGAAGGCGGUAAGGGCUGAGCGCUUUCUGAACCUAGACAAGCGGCGAAAGGGCAAGGGUACAACAAACAACGCAGCCAGCCCCAGCGCAGUGACCCCAGGCACCGGUCGGGAAGCAAGGAAGAAGAAGUUCUUCCCGCGCAGACAAGGCGGGGUUAUCAAGACAGCAGCAGCCGUAGUAGUCCCGCCUCGUGAGAGUGGGCCUAAGCUUGCUUCCCGCCACACUCCCGCUCCUGGGUCAACGUCAGCUACUUCGAAAGUCCCAGAGAAACAGGGAGAGCGACCAUGGGAGCGUCGGCUUUCACCUCAGAAGAAGGCUGAGCUGAUGUCGCGGGGGGUCUGCCUAAAUUGUGAAGAAGCCGGUCAUAUGGCGCGCAGCUGCCCGAAGCUCACUACGAUGAAGUCCAAGGUGAAGGGGAAGCCCCCAGGAUUCGGGGCGCACGGAGUAAGCCUGCGCUUGGCUUCUCUGGGAGAAACCACUGAAGUGCUGGACACGCUGGAGGUCUUGAGCGCCUUCCCAAUAGGAUUUCGGGAAGACGGUGCUGUGCUGGAGCAAUGGUCAGAUCUCGAGUGGUCUGAAGAGGGCACGGAAGACUGGGACGACCCUGAAGAAGCGGAGGUUGACGAGCUGGAAUACGUUGUGCGUGGAAUAGACGACAGUUCGGAGGUGGAAGAGCUGGUGCACGGGAUCAGAUCCAUGACGCUGGACCCUCAUCCCAAGGACGACAGCAGGCUACGCCGACCUGAAUGUGGCUUAAUCGACCGGCCCGCUGAUUUGGUUACCAAGACGGGACUGGGAGAUAUGGGCAUCGGGGAUCUUGCGGCCCGGUUCGCAAGCCUGGUCCUUCAGCAGUGCGCGCCCUUCCCGGGCGACGACGGCUCCGAACCCACGGAGGGACGGUUUCUCGUGUACCGCGUCCUGGAGGAGGACUACUACUGCAUCCUGGACUGCGGAACGCCCCUGAAUAUACUGGAGGGCGAUGAGCUGGUAAAGUCGUGCGACUUACACGAUCCUAAUUUUGAGCUGGGCUGGCAUUGGGCACAAAAAUGCUAUCUAGCGCGGGGUAUUCACCCCGACGCGCCUGACUUAGUACUCCCGGAGCGAUAUUUCCGUGCGUUGGGCGACUCCAUUUUUGCAAUGACCCUCAUUAUUCUACAACAGUACGAAUCUGAGCACAAGCGAAGCUCACUGAUCGAAGGACAAGAAGUGUCGCCCAACGUGUUUGAGAUUAGCCGUACGGGUAGCAAUGUACGUGUACAAAUGGAGCGAGCUACCCUGCUGGACCAGAACUUUGACCUGCACCGGUGGUACAACGAUCACAUGGAUGGCGACACGGGGUUGUACGACGACCUUCCCCUCCUGGAAAGCUCCAGUGAAUCCGACGGCGAGCUCGAGGGAGAAACAGACGAACCGACCGAGACAUCCUGGCAGGCUUGGGUGAGAGCGACUUCCGACUGCGGACUUCAGCCAGAUCUCUGGCCGAGCCCAAUCACCUCAACGGAUGUGGCGGGUGAUGAGUUGCCUGAAGAAGCGGCCCAAGUGGGCAGUGGUCAGUGGGACAUGUGUUUCGAUGAGCCCCGGCGGAGGAGUCCUCAUGAAAGGAGGAUUGGAGACCUCAUGUCUGAUGGCGUACGAUGUCUACUGGAGUUCUGUCAGCCAUACCCUGGUGACGACAGCGUAAACAAUCACAUGCCGCGUGACGCCGGGGAAAGGUUCAGCGUGAUUUCGUCCUGGUGCGAAGAAGGUUACUACGUGAGGGACCGCAAGAACAAUCUGUCGACUUACCUGCCGAGAUCCAUGCUGGAGAAUCGGCGCUUCGAGUUAGGCGCCUGGUAUUCCGGCCGGGUAAGCAAGCAACUGUCCAUACCGGCAGAAGAACUGUCCGGGGAACAUCGAAUCGCGGUUGACGACCUGCUGGGGAUACAACUGAGCUUCUACUUGGACGAGAUGGUGUCUCGGUACCCGGAAGCAUGUGGAAACUGCGUCAACAUUGAGCCACGGUUCUCGGAAGGCAAGAUCGAAGGCCCAAACGUACCCGUCUUAAGUGCCACGUAA